CCCCCCAUCUCGCCUCAGGGUACCCCCAUUGAGCAACGCCCCCCCAGACGCCAAAAUGCUCAGUCAAUUGUCCAGGGCUUCGCGCGCCACCUCGGCCGUCGCCGCCGUCGCUCGGUCUGCCAGAGCCGUCCAGGUCCGGACCUUUAUUGCUCCCACCGUCUCCCGGCGAGCCGACUUCGUCCAGGAGCUCUACCUGAAGGAGCUCAAGGCCUACAAGGUCCCCCCCGUCAAGGAGUCCGACGCCGAGGGCCAGGUCCAGACCUUUGCCAUGCCCAAGACCCCCGCCUCCCCCGAAGAGUCGGACCUCGCCGGCAACCUCAAGGAGUAUGAGAGCAUGGCCGUCGAGAUCGAGGGCCAGGACGCCUCUGCCCAGGCCGGCAACGCCGCCCCCGCCCUCCAGGACUGGCUCGAGGCCGAGGAGGAGGAGCCCCAGGGCCACUAAGAAAAGCCGCGUCGCCGAUGAUGCGCGUCUAGGCUUGUUCGCAGUUCCCUUUGUCGAACGAAAGGCGGCAGAUGAGGAGGAGGGGCAUUGCUGUAUCCCGUCCUCCGGACACGAACACGUGGGAGGGAACAAGAAGGAUUAGAGGAAUACAGGAGGAGAAGCGAUGGUGGGUGGGCUUGCAUCGGCUAGAGAGAGCGUGCCGGCAAUGGAGACGAGCACAGGUGAUAGGGGUCGAUAAUCCUGUUGUACAUUUUCCCUCCUAGCAGCCUCGACUGGGCUGUAGGAGUUGAUUAUUGCGAAUGCCAAAAUCAAGAAAAGACAAAAGGUCCAAGACAGGCCCCGCGGCUAUGCAUCUUUGCCAAGUGCACUGGGAAGCAUGUACGUCGGUCUAGUCGUAUGGCAGGCACAUCCGUCUUUGCCCGAGACGUCACUGCCGAGGGUCCC